GUUGCUGUUCCAAGCAAAUUGCAAUAAAUCUCUCUCUCUCUCUCUCUCUCUCUCUCUCUCUAAAGUCAAGCUAGCCGUUGCAUCUCACUCCUCUUUUUUAUUAUUAACAUUAACACUAAAAUACUAACGUUUCCCUCUUCAAUAAGGAAUCCAUCUCUCUCUCUCUCUCUCUCUCUCUUCUCCCUUUUGCUUUUUUUUUCUCUUUCCACCGCUCCUCCAACCCAUUUUCUUGUGUAUUCAAUCCAAUUCAAUGAAUACCCUUGUUUCAAAAUCCAAACUUUCAACUCCAUCUUCAAGUUCUAGAAGCAGUAAUAGUAGCUGUAGCAGCAAUGAAAGCAAUGAAAGUUACUUAAUGGAGCUUCAACGUGUCAACAACUAUGAUCCACCACCACAACAAUGCAUAUCAAUUACUUCUCAUCGAUCUUUGGCGAUUCUUUCAGGCCAUGUUGGCUCUGUUUCAUGUUUAGCUUUAUGUGGUGAGUUCAUAUUGAGUGCUUCACAAGGUAAAGACAUCAUAGUAUGGCAACAACCAGAUUUAAGGUUGUUUGCGAAAUUCGGACAAGGCGAUGGAUCUGUGAAAGCACUCGCAACGGUCGGCAACAAAGUCUUCACAGCUCAUCAAGAUAGCCGGAUUCGUGUUUGGAAGGUUUCGAGGAGCUCGGAAAAUGUUUUCAAGCUCGUCGACACACUUCCGACGAAAAAGGACUAUUUGGGUAAGUUUAUGAAGCAGAGUAAUUAUGUUGUUACUAGGAGACAUCAUAAGAGGUUGUGGAUUGAACAUUCUGAUAGCAUUUCUUGUUUGGUUGUUCAUAAUGGAUUGGUUUAUUCAGGUUCAUGGGAUAAGACACUUAAAGUUUGGAAUGUUUGUGAUUUGAAGUGUUUAGAGUCAAUUAAGGCUCAUGAUGAUGCAAUUAAUGGGUUGGUAGCAUGUAAAGGGAUUGUUUAUUCAGCUUCUGCAGAUGGAAAAAUUAAAGCUUGGGGGAAGGGAAAAGAAGGGUUGCAUUGUUUGAAAGGAGUUUUGGAGGGUCAUAAAGAUGUUUCAAUUAAUUCAGUGGUUGUUUCUGAUGAUGGGAAUUGGGUUUAUGGUGGAAGUUCUGAUGGUUAUGUUAUGGGUUAUGAAAAGAGUUUUGAGAAUUGGAAAGUGGUUUGUGAGAAAAAAGCACAUGAAAUGGCUGUUUUGUGUAUGUGUUUGAUAGGGGAGUUUUUGUUUACAGGUUCAGCUGAUAAAAGUAUAGGGAUUUGGAAAAGAGAGGUUUUUGGUAAGAUUUGUAAAGUUGGGGUUAUAAAUGGACAUGAAGGGCCUGUGAAGUGUUUGCAAGGUUCAUCAUCUAAUAGAAUUGGUGGUGGAUUUUUGUUGUAUAGUGGUAGUCUUGAUAAAAGUGUGAGAGUUUGGUGGGUUCCUAGGUAUGAUGAGAAAACACAGGUGGAGGAAUCAAUUAAUCAACAUCAUCAUCCUAUGUUAGCAAAAUGUUGAAGCACUAGAUCUGUUUUUGAUGUGUCUAGUGUGCUUCUUUCUUUGUUUAUUUUCUACUUGGAAUUUUGUUCUACAGCGGAGAUACAACAAGACUUAUGGAUCAAGGUUCACUGCAGUCAACGCAAUUAGUGACCGUAUGAUUGUCCAGUCAAGAUUAAACGAUUCAAAUUUCAAGUUUCGUCAUUUUAAUUUUAAAAAAAAUCAAAAUUUGUUUAAGAUUUGGACCGUUCAAUCACAAUCAGACAGUGUGCAGUCAGUGACGGUGUGAAUGUGUCUGCUCCAGCAAAUCUAAGUUGGAAAAACUUUCUUCAAGUCUUGUGUUUCUUGAAAUUGCUGUUUUGUUUUUCUAUUUGUACUUUGGUGUUUAUUUCAUUCUUUUUUUUUUUUUUUGCAAGAGUUGAUUGUAUGGUGAAAUUGGGGGGGUCAUAGUAGAGGGAGGGGUGGUUUGAUUAUACAUUUCUUUCAAAAUUCAUUUUUAUAUUUCUAUACAAUUGUAAUUGUGUUUAUAAAGGAUUCAAUAAAUGGAAAUAAUUCAUGUUC